AAUCUUUCCCCCGAUUGCCAUCCAUCCAGACCACCACUUCCUCUUCAACCACCAACACCAACCUCAAUCUCCACCCUUCUACCAUCCACCCACCAACACAGAUCAAAAUGCCUCGUCAACGCCGUGGUGCCGCUCCCACCCCCGCGCGCAGCGCUCCCACCAGACCUACUGCCGCACCCGCCAGACCGGCCGCUCCUGUCCAGCAGCAGCACAGCCAGCCUCACUCGACCUCCGCCCACCCUCCGGCCGCUGCUCCUGCCGCUGCUCCCCCGGCCCCGAUGGCUGCUCCUGUCCAGAGCUCCGGUCCCGGUCUCUUUGGCCAGAUGGCCUCCACCGCCGCUGGUGUAGCAGUCGGAUCCUCCAUCGGCCACGCCAUCGGCGGAUUCUUCAGCGGCGGCGGCUCCAGCGCGCCCGCCGAGGCCCCCGAGGCCGCGGCGCCCCCGGCCCAGUCCCAGGCCAUGGACAACGCCCUCUGGGCCGGCAACGCCACCAACAGCACCUGGGAGAACCCGGCCUGCGCCACCGACGUGCAGAACUUCCGGCGCUGCAUGGACGAGAACCAGGGCAACAUGUCCAUCUGUGGAUGGUACUUGGAUCAGCUGAAAGCCUGCCAGGCUGCUGCUAAGCAGUACUAGAUUCCUCGAGAGAAAAGAGUCAAUCUAAAUCCAUAUAUCCGUUGGAUAUGACAUCUCGGACAUAAGAAAUCGAUCUAUGCUGCUCUUUUUUUUCCACUUUGUUUCGAAUGCAUAAUGCAAAAUCAUCACAUACCAUACCCCCCUUCACAUCU